GCGUGGCCUGAGUGCGACGCUUCAAAGCUUGUUGUGUGUCGGACGAGCCAGCAGCGUCGCCAUCUUGUUGCUCCCGCACUUUGACGCCGACCACCCCCGGCCCGGUCCGGUCCGGCCCGCGAGAAGCCCACGGGGACGCGGAGGCGAGCGGACCGUGCGCGCGCCCAAUCCAAACCAGACGACCAGCCCCCCGCUCUCCCCUCAGCCUGACCCCUCUUCCUCUCGUCUGUCCUGGCCGCAAUCCUCGCUUCGUUUCUGGCUUCGCGAUGAGCAUCGACACGUUGCUGGAGGCCGCCCGCUACCUGGAAUGGCAAGCCGAGCGAGACCGACACGUCGAGCCUCUUCAAGCCGAGCCUCGGCGCCUCUCAUGCGAAGAGGAGCCAUUCAAGGUGAAAGCGUUCAUCAAUAAGACGGAGCCGACCGCACUGCAGCCGAUGGCAGCCAAUUGUACUUCCUCGCCUCCCCUUCAAGUGCCCAUCACCCUCAUCCCGAUGGCGCCGGUCAACACGGCGACGCCGGCUCCCCUGCCUCCGGCCAGUGGCCCUACCCGCUCCCCGCCACGGCCGCCGUGCCCCCUGCAAGUCAAAGGGGACGCUGCCGAGCGCUCACUGCCUCAGGUUGAUCUUCGGUACCCGCCACCCGUCUGUGGAAACGGGCCGGUCCACCCCCAGCCCGACCCAACGUCCCACGUCCGGACCAACGGGAUGACUCCUGACGAUGCCAGAGGAGGCGCCAACAGCAAGCGAAGGCCCGGAGGGGCAGGAACGAGAGAAGUCCACAACAAGCUGGAGCAGAAUAGACGCGCUCACCUGAAGGAAUGUUUUGAGAAGCUUAAGAAAAACGUCCCUAACGUGGACGACAAGAAGACGUCCAACCUCAGCGUCCUUCGCAGCGCUUUGCGAUACAUACAGACGCUGAAGCGGAAGGAGAAGGAGUACGAGCACGAGAUGGAGCGCCUGGCCCGCGAGAAGAUCGCCACGCAGCAGCGUUUGGCCGAGCUCAAGAAAGAGCUGAGUCAGCGCAUGGACGCUCUGGAAAUCGAGCGCGUCAUCCGACAGACCGUCCGGCCAGAAGACGACCAGGCGUCCACCUCAACCGCCUCAGAAGGCGAAGAUAAUCUGGAGGACGCCGAAGAGGAGGCCCCCGCCGUUCCCGCGCCCCUCCCGGUCUCGCAGGCGACCGCGGUUACACGACUGCCAGUCUGGCACGCGCCCCCACCCGUCGCCUUGCCGCCGGCUGCCCUGCCGGCGACCGGCGUCAUUGCCUGCACCGCUGCCCCCCGUCCCCCGGCGUCCCACCCAUCCGUCAUUCGGGCUGUCAGUCACGCCGUGCCGGCCAAUCACAAGCACCUCCCGCACAUCGCCCCCUCCCCGGGUCCCGCCCGGCCCGUCGGUCGCAUCGCGGUCCAUCCGGUGGCCCGCCUCGCAGCGCCCCUCCCAGCCCGCUUGCCCGCCUUGUACCCGCAGGGGGUGCCGGUGCCUCCGCCCGCCGUCAUCGCGCACACCUUUGCCCACCACGUGCAGGCUGCUCCCCAGCCUGGUGCCAACGUGGCCACCACGGCCAGCCAGCAGCAGGCGGCGGCACUCGGGAAACCCGCCGCUGUGCUGGCACCCCGCCCCCAACUGGUGGGCCAGGCGUCUGUUACCAUGGUAACAGUGCCCACUUUCCCAGUUGGCACACUCAAACUGGCUUGAACGCACUCUCGGGGAGUUGCUACUGCUGCCCUCAGAGGAAGUGAUGUCAUUGCCGGUCACAUGUUGACUUUUUAGGUCUGCAGGCAAGAUGGACCACAGAGGGUAGCUCUCCAACCCAAAACACAAAAACACGCUGGAUCUUUGAUAUUAAGUUACCUUUUAGUUAAAGCAAUGUCCACUACAAAAUCAUCUUUUUUUCUUUUGUUUUUUUUUUUUGUGUUUUUUUUUUUUACAUUUUCCUUUUUUUAACUUAAUCCUCCAAUAUUGUCCUCAGGCCAAAGGAUCAAGUGUUGUUUUGGUACCAUCUUGGUGCCAAGGAACUAUGUCGACAUGAGUGAGUUUCAGCUAUUGUACGGCGAUCGGAUAUGUUUUGGGGGGUUAACUAAAAUGAAAACUGUUGCUCUAGCAAUGUGGGAGCAUGGCUAGUUUGUGUCCCAUCUCCAGUGUCUGCACGACAGCAGCAGCAUGCGCGUACGCCUCCACUUUCUCAUUAACAGCCAUUGAUCCAUCGCUGUCAAUGACUUAACCUCUUGAUCACUGUGACAACACGCACACUCGAGUGAAUGAAAAGCAAUGAAAGAAGUUUAGAUUUUUGCUUUUUUUGGAGCAAUUAAGAUACAAAAAGUUUUCUCGCCGAUGUAAUCUCGUCUAAUAUUCUGAUUCCAUAUUGGUUGCGUAUUCUUGUUUGUUAACCUGAAUGUGAUGCACGUGGAGCGUCUGACUUGUUCUUGUUACCGCUUUGUUUAAUUGUGGUGCAUGUUUGUGGGACCAUGUAGAUGAAAGGGGGGGGGUUGGGAUGUUUGCCCUCACGGUAUAUAAUAUUGAUAUUAUAUAUUAAUACAAAGGAGGCUGUUUUUCCCUAUGGUGAAAGUGUUAAGUUAUAUAAUAAGGCCUGAGCACUGCGGGUCCUCAACAUGAUGACAUUAAUCUGAAAAUUCUUAAUAAAUAUUAUUACAUUUACAACAAUCCUCGUUUCUUGUC